GCGCCGGAUGUACUGUAAAUGGAAUAGACGCCUGUAGUAGUCGGGCUUCUUCUUGAACCCGGUAGAUCUAGCAACCUCUCAGAACGCGUGUAUCGCAUUACGAAAUCGUCGACAACACGCUGCCAGACUACUGAUUGUCUGCACAGACUGCAGCAGCCUUGCAUAGUACAUGUUAGUCCUCAGGCUCCUCCGACGUACUCCCAUUGUUUCAGUUGGAUACCGACUUCCCUUGAAACUCUCUAUGUCGACUUCCUGCGCUGACCCUCAAGGUCCCCCUAAAACUGUUACAGUUGGUCCCGUUGAAUCAUCCAUACGACACAAGCUUACAGCGCGUUUGAAUCCUACUGCAUUUUCCAUUACGAAUGACUCUUGGCAACAUCGACAUCAUACCGCUAUGCGCGCGCAAGGAGGUGGAAGCGGAGAAACUCAUUUCUCAAUUAAUAUCGUAUCUGAGGAGUUCAAAGGCAAGACCACGAUGCAGCGCCAUCGUAUGAUCUAUGCGGCCCUCUCGGAUGAAUUGUCCCAAGGUUUACAUGCUCUAUCUCUGAAGACUAAGACCCCAGAUGAAGUUCAAAAUCAAUGACUCGAAUAAUUUCAAUAGCCUGGAGACAGGACACAGACGCGUAUUAGCUUCGCCAGCUGCAUUGCAUCGUAACCAUGCAUAUGUUUUCUAAUGAAAUAUAGGACUCUUCAAUUGCCUUUCUACCUCAAUAAGCCUUCACAGCCUCA